AUGCCUAGACAAAGAAGAUCGGCUCCAGCUCCAAGACAGCAAACCAGAUCGGCACAUACCGCAUCUUACCCAGCCCACCAACAACACCCACAUCAGCCAUCGUCCCCAGCAGCACACCCAGCUCAACCAGUGCAGGCUUCGCAAGGGCCAGGCUUGUUUGGCCAGAUGGCUUCCACUGCUGCUGGUGUUGCCGUGGGAUCGACCAUUGGCCAUACUUUGGGUGCCGGGAUCACGGGUAUGUUUGGCGGCGGCUCGCGUGAACAAGCACCAGCGCCGGCUCAGCAACAGGAUGCUGCUGCUUACCAACAACAACAACAGCCUGCACAGUACCAGAGCCAAGAGCAGAAUAGAAACUGUGACAUGGACGCUAGAAACUUUACUAGAUGUUUGGAGGAAACCGAUGGAAAUGUGCAGAAUUGUGGGUUCUACUUGCAACAAUUGAAAGCAUGUCAAGAAGCUUUUAGACAGUACUAA